AUGCUGGGCAACACUCCAGGCGGGAACACAGGAAGUGGAGAAAAACGGCUUGAGAUCCUGCGUGGGGGAGCCGGGAGGCGGGAGCAGCACCAUGGGGGCGGUGAGAGAGUGGUUGAACAACUGCUGGAGUCGCGCAAGUUGAUUCUCGUGAUCGUGGCCAUUGCUCGCCUUGAUAACAUGCUCCUUACCACAGUCGUGCCAAUUAUACCCAAGUACUUAUACAUGUUACGUCACCCCAACGCCACCGAAACUACCAUCAUCGAGACCACCACAACUACCCUAACUACCACAACUACGCCCCUACAAUCCCCACUCCUUAACAAUGGUGUGUGCGUGCCGUGUCCUCCGUGUGCGUCAGGGGGGGAGACUGGCCCUCCUGAAUUCACCUCUUUGGAACCCCAGGCACCGACACCCCCCCUGUGCCUCCUGGCUUCCCUCCUGAAAAGGUUCGCCAGGAGGGAGGAAGGAAAAGGAGGAGGGAAGGAAGAGAAGGAGAAAGAGGAGGAGGAGGAACCCGUAAGACGUACUUUGUCUGGGAUGAACCACGAUGACCUGGUGAGCGAGAACGUGGAGGUGGGAUUGCUGUUCUGCUCCAAGGCCGUAGUUCAACUUAUCACCAACCCCUUCAUCGGACUCCUCACACACAGGAUCGGCUACAGUCUACCCAUGUUUGCAGGCUUCGUCAUCAUGUUCAUCUCGACGCUGAUCUUCGCCUUCGGCAGUAGUUACCUGGUGCUCUUCAUCGCCCGCGCCGUACAGGGUAUUGGCUCCUCCUGCUCUUCCGUGUCUGGUAUGGGCAUGUUAGCUGAGCGUUAUCCUGACGACAAGGAGCGAGGGAACGCCAUGGGGAUCGCUCUAGGAGGUCUUGCCCUUGGCGUGCUCAUUGGUCCGCCCUUUGGAGGAGUCAUGUUCCAAUUUGUGGGCAAGACGGCGCCCUUCUUAAUCCUGGCUGUCCUGGCCUUGGGUGACGGAUUGCUUCAGCUGCUGGUGUUGCAACCUGCCGUGAUGAAGCAAGAGGAAGAAGCACCAACCCUGGGAGAACUAGUGAGCGACCCUUACAUCGUCAUCGCUGCCGGAGCCAUCACCUUCGCUAACAUGGGUAUCGGAAUGCUUGAACCAUCUCUACCCCUCUGGAUGAUGGAUACUAUGGGAGCUCCUGAGUGGCAGCUGGGGGCCGCCUUCCUUCCUGCCUCCAUCUCUUAUCUGAUCGGCACCAACCUCUUCGGUCCACUCGGUCACCUGAUGGGCCGAUGGCUAGCCGCCCUGAUCGGCCUUUUUAUCAUCGGCAUCUGUCUUAUGUUUAUCCCCAGCGCCACCACCAUCAACCACCUGAUCGCCCCCAACGCUGGUCUAGGAUUCGCUAUCGGUAUGGUGGACUCGUCAAUGAUGCCUGCUGGCUACCUAGUAGAUCUCCGUCACUCGGCUGUCUAUGGCUCUGUCUAUUCUAUCGGUGACGUCGCCUUCUGUCUCGGCUUUGCUAUCGGCCCCGCACUCUCAGGCACAUUGGUUCAGGCAGUCGGCUUCAACUGGAUGCUGUACGGGAUUGCUAUCAUUAACUUCCUAUAUGCCCCGUUCAUGUACUGCCUUAAAUCACCUCCGGCCAAGAACGCUGAACGUCAGAAUCUGAUCUACGGCGAGAAAUCUUCAGUUCGCUACGUGACUUAUAAAAAUGAAGAUGAGGAGGAAAACUGACCCCAAAUGAGCACUUUUCGCCAGAGUGGAGGAAGCCCUGAGCCGUCACAGAAAACGGGAGAUAUUUCCACGGCGGCGAGAAGUAAUCCCUUUAGAGAUACAACAUUAUGUGAGUGAUGGUAACCUGUGAGAUAGAUAGAGAGAUAUAAAUUAUGUGAGUGAGGAGAGUGGUUUUACGUGAGGCAGUCAGUGUUUAGUCGUCUACCAGAAUUAGCCCUGAGACGCGUGGACAGUCGAUGAUUGCUGGAUGAACUGAAGAAAAAAAACGCAUCUGCCUAGUGAUAUAUGGGCUCAGGGCGAUGACGUAUUAUUUUUUGAAGGAGUAAGGAAGAAGGAUCUCAGACUACAGGACCAACGGAGACUCUCAGGGCGGUGAAGGGAUCAAAGAGUCACUAACCACCUGCACGUAGAUGCCGAAAGCGUUCUCUGGUUGGCCGAGUCAGUUGCUCUUUAGAAUGAUAAGUAUAAAUCCAAUUCAUAUAACUUUUUAAAAGAAUUAUAUAUUCCAAGUUGAGACUGCGGGCUUACAGGAGUUACGACGGCGUCCAGAUAUUUUACAUGUUUGAAGAAUGGCGAGAGGCAACAACAUAAUGUGACGCAGGAAGAUGUUGGAGUGUGGAUGUUGUAUGUGAGGGAUGUAGGUGGCUGUGUGGCGGAGCAACAUCAGCUACAGUGGCGGGGAGCAGCGACGCCACCGAUUGGCUGGUGGUGUAAGACAAUGCCACACAGAUUCAACCUAACCUAAACGAGAAAUACAGCCUGACCUCUGUGCCACACGCUGGUCUAAGUAUGACCCUCACACUGAGCGUCUAAAGUGCAGAUUUUGGUCAGACUUUCUUUAUGAAUACGGCGGGAGUGAGGGCUGGCUACUGCUCUGGCCACCCCCCCCGACCUGCCGACACCCGACUCUACUAUACUAUACUAUAUUGUACUAACAUAGGCACCUUCAACACAUCUUUUCUCAAUCGUGAUUCUUGUGUAUGUAAGUGAGAAGCAUAAUUGUACCAAAGAAAAAAAAUCCGACACAAUGAUAAGUUUAUUUUUAUGUAACUUAAAACAACGACAAGAAACACAUUUUGCUGUACAGUAUAUAGAAAAAAACAAAUAUAUCUCGUACCUUGAGGCAGGGUACACACGCCCACGCCCACGCCCACGCCCACGCCCACACCUGUUAACCCUAUGCCCAGGUUGGUCUGGGCACAAUCUCGAUAAUGACAUAACCUCCUUCCCGGUGAGACAUAUUCACAACAUAAACAGUGCGUUGCAUUUCCCGUUCGCAUAGGAUCAAUCCGGAUUUCUAAAUUUUGGUGAUCGAAGAACGUAAACAAUACCAAUAAAUGAUGCAAAUAACCAUUCUAAAAUAAUAUAACGUAAUAAUGAUGACGAUGGUGAUAAUGGUGAUCAAAUGAUAAUGAAAAAAACUCACUAAUUCAUUUAAUGAUAAUAAUAACAAUUGUUAGAUAUUAAAGUGAAUGUCUUCCAUGUGUGUAGUUAAGAGAGGGGGAGAGGGGGGAGAG